GAAUUUAGUUGUCAAACUCAUUGAGACAAGAACGGACGGGAUCUAAAGAAAAAAUAAAAGUAAAAAAAUUUCAAAUAUUUACAAAAGCGAAUAAAAAGUGGUGGUGGUAUUUUGAAAAAAACGGGCUGCACAGUACACCCAACCAUCAGAAAAGAAAUUUAUAUAUAAAUUUUUUAGCGAAAAAAAACAACAACAAAACAAAAAAAUAUAAACACUGACAGCCAGUCAUGUAAAUUUUGUGUAUUUCACUUAAUAAUAGCAACAACAAGAAUUUAAUAAAUAAUUUAAACGUGGAAUUAAACCAGAUUAAACUAAAAUCAAUUUGGAUUUUUUUAUCAGGACCAUUUAAACACAAACAAAAUUCAAUAUAAGAAAAUAUCAAAGAUAUCCUGCCAUUAAUUAUAUGAAUUAUGACAGCUGAAGUAAUGGCGUCAAAUGACACAACUUUUGAUCCGGCACUCUCAAAACUUAUAACAUCGCUCAAGGACACUGACAGUCUUUCAAAUGAUCAAGAAAUUGAUUUUCUAAAAGCACUGCUCGAAUCCAAAGAACUAAAUGCCCUGGUCAAUGUUCAUAGUAAAGUGGCAAAAGUGGGGAGAGAUGAUCGUCUGGCACCCAUACUAUCAACAUCUGCAAUGAUUUUGUAUGAGGUAUUGGAACAGUUGUCACAACGUUGCCACUUGAGUGAUGAAUGCCGUGAGGCAUUUCAUUUACUGCAGAAACCGCAUUUACAAAGUCUUCUUUAUGCUCAUGAUUGUAUUGCACAAAAAGAUUUUUAUCCACAUCUACCAGAAUUGCCAAUCGAAAUGGAUGAGGAUGAGGAAACCAUCAAAAUUGUGCAACUAGUUAAAAGCAACGAGCCCUUGACAGGAGCACAAAGUGCGGAACCAAUUGUUGGAGCCACCAUUAAAACGGACGAAGAGACGGGUAAAAUUAUCAUAGCCCGUAUAAUGCAUGGUGGGGCAGCCGAUCGUUCGGGACUUAUACAUGUGGGCGAUGAAGUAAUCGAAGUCAAUGGUAUUAAUGUUGAGGGCAAAACACCCGGUGAUGUAUUAAGUAUAUUGCAAAAUUCAGAGGGUACCAUAACAUUUAAGUUGGUACCAUCCGAUGGCAAGGGGGCUCAACGUGAAUCUAAAGUACGAGUACGUGCUCAUUUCAAUUACAAUCCGGAAGUGGAUCCUUAUAUUCCUUGUAAAGAAGCGGGUUUAGCAUUUCAACGUGGUGAUAUUUUACACAUUGUAUCACAGGAUGAUGCUUAUUGGUGGCAAGCUCGCAAAGAAUCAGAGCGUACUGCUCGUGCGGGUCUUAUACCAAGUCGUGCCUUGCAAGAAAGACGUAUUCUUCACGAAAGAACGCAACGUGAUGUUAGUGAUGGAGAGUCUAAAAAAGGCUCAUGUACCUCAAUAUGUAAUACCCCGCCCGGUUCGCCUAUGCUACGAUCUAGUAGUAGUACAUCCUCAUGUCGUCAACCAAAAACUAAAAAAAUCAUGUACGAUUUAACAGAGAAUGAUGACUUUGAUCGUGAAAUGAUUGCCACUUAUGAAGAGGUUGCCAAAUUGUAUCCACGUCCUGGCAUUUAUAGACCUGUGGUACUAAUAGGUGCACCCGGUGUCGGACGCAAUGAAUUGAGAAGACGCUUAAUAGCCAGGGAUCCAGAAAAAUAUCGCAGUCCUGUGCCAUAUACCACUCGUCCCAUGCGUACCGGUGAGGUAGCGGGACGUGAAUAUAUCUUUGUUAGCCGUGAGAAAAUGGAAGCCGAUAUUGAGGCUGGCAAAUUUAUUGAACACGGUGAAUAUAAGGGUCAUUUAUAUGGUACUUCGGCGGAAAGUGUCAAAUCGAUUGUUAAUGCUGGUUGUGUUUGUCUGCUGAGUCCUCACUAUCAGGCCAUCAAGGCAUUGAGAACAGUUCAACUGAAACCGUUUCUUAUUCACAUUAAACCACCGGAAUUUGAUGAACUUAAAAAGACUCGUACUGAAUCAAGAGCUAAAUCGACAUUUGAUGAAUCAAAUGCCAGAGGUUUUACGGAUGACGAAUUUAAUGAUAUGAUUAAAUCUGCAGAACGUAUUGACUUUCUGUACGGCCACUUUUUCGACGAUGAAAUUAUCAAUGCUGAUUUAGUAACUGCAUUUGAGAAACUUGUCAACACUGUACAAAGACUAGAAAAUGAGCCAUUAUGGGCUCCAUCAUCGUGGGUCCAAUAAAUGUUUAUUUUCUUUAUGGCAAAGUAGAAGAAGGCAGCUAAAAUCGCAUAGGUAGCUUGAAAGAA